AUGUGCGUAGAUUUCACUGACUUGAAUAAGGCAUGCCCGAAGGAUAGUUUUCCUUUGGCUCAGAUUGACUUGUUGGUCGAUUCAACGUUUGGACACGAGCUCCUAAGCUUUAUGGAUGCUUUCUCGGGAUACAACCAGAUCUACAUGGAAGAAGCAAAUCAAGAGAAAACUACUUUCAUCACAGACCGAGGACUAUACUAUUAUAAGAUGAUGCCCUUCGGUUUGAAGAAUGCGGGAGCCACUUAUCAGCGAUUGGUGAACAAGAUGUUUCAGAAUCAAAUUGGCAGAAACGUUGAGGUAUACGUAGAUGAUAUGCUAGUUAAAAUAUCCCCCUCGGCGGAAAGCUCGGCACUAGUCAGAGAAGAUUCGGGAAUUCAGAAACCUGUUUACUUCACAAGUACAACACUUCAUGGAGCAGAGGAAAGAUAUCCUCGGAUCGAAAAAUUAGCGUUCGCUUUGGUUAUCUCAGCCAGGAGAUUGAGGCCAUACUUUCAGGCUCAUGCUAUUAGAGUCUUAACCGAGUAUCCGAUGAAGAAGGUUCUGGCAGAUUUCUUGGUGGAAUUUUGCAACAUUCCCGAAGCGGAAGAACUUCCAAAAGAAUUAACCUGGGUCGUGUUUGUGGAUGGCUCCUUAGCACAUGGCAGAAGCAGGGUAGGUGUUCUCCUCAGGAAUCCUGAAGGUCAAGAGUUUGAUUUUGCUGUAAAACUGGACUUUGUCACAAUAAAUAAUGAAGCUAAAUAUGAAGCCGUAAUAGCAGGUCUGGCAUUGUCCCGAGAGAUGGGAGCAACUAAUGUUGAAAUCCGAAGUGACUCUCAAGUAGUGGUGGGCCAAGUUCAAGGACAAUUUGAAGCACAAGAAGAUCGAAUGGCCAGAUAUUUGGAACAGGUGCGCCGAUUCCAAUCUUAUUUCGAAAGGGUUUUCAUCACGAAGAUACCUCGGGAUGAAAAUAUCCGAGCCGAUGAAUUCUCGAAGAUUGCAUCAGGAACAGAUGAAGAGAUUGAAGCAUCUAAAAGGCAGAUUAUCAUUUUGACCGAGCCAUCGAUAACCCCAAGGACUGACGUUAUGGAAGCAGAUCCAACACAGGAUGAACCAAAAUGGGCUAUAGAGAUUAUUCAGUUCUUGAGAAACGGGUUGCUGCCCGAAGACAAGGUUGCGGCUCAGAAGGUAAAGAUACAAGCAACACGGUUUUGCCUCCUCAGAGAAGUACUAUAUAAAAGAGGAUACUCUGAACCCCUGCUCAAAUGCCUCUCUAAGACCGAGGCGGAUUAUGUUCUCAAGGAAAUCCAUGAAGGUGUGUGCGGAGACCAUUCGGGAGGAAGGAUGAUGGCACAAAAAACCAUUCGAGCAGGUUAUUAUUGGCCUACGAUCAGAAAGGAUUCGGCUCUUCUCGUCAAGACUUGUGACAAAUGCCAGAGGUUUUCCAGAAUUAUGAAAUCAAGUCUCGAGAAGCUUACUCCCCUCACUUCUCCAUGGCCAUUUGCGAAAUGGGGGGUAGAUAUUGUCGGCCCAAUGCCUGUAGGAAAAAGGGGUCGGAAGUUCUUAGUUAUAGCUACAAGGGGAAGCAGUUUGACUGUGAACCAUUCCGGAGGUGGUGUUCAGAACUUCGUAUCCGAAACUAUUAUGCCUCGGCACUUUAUCCAAAGGCGAAUGGUCAAGUAG